UUCAGAAGCUCUUCUCUCUCUCUGUGUCUCUGUCUUUAACACACUCAGAGAGUUCUCUUAGCUUUUUACAGAUGGAUAUGAGGUUAUUAGGGUCAAAUGGAGUUGGUGUGAUGAAGUGCAUCAUCGUUGUUAUUGGAGUAGUCACCAUCUCUUACCUGCAGCGUUUUCCAACAGCCCGUGCUCAGGCAACCAACGCCACCCUUGAUCCCUCUGAAGCUAGGAUUUUGAACUCCAUAUUCCAACAAUGGGGAAUUCAGGCGAAGAAUCUGCAGUGGAACUUGAGUGGAGAAUUGUGCACUGGCUUCGCCGUCGAUUCCACCAGUACGCAAGACAGCUCUUUCAAUCCGGCAAUCAAAUGCGAUUGCUCUUCCAACCCUUGCCACAUCACUGUCCUGAAAGUUUACGAAUUGGACGUUACUGGUGCGAUUCCAAAUGAACUUUGGAACCUAACUUCCAUCAUUGAUCUAAAUCUUGGCAAAAAUUACUUGACAGGCACACUAUCCCACUCCAUUAGAAAUUUGCAUCGGUUGCAAUACCUAGGCCUAGGCAUUAAUGCACUGUCAGGGGAGCUUCCAGUGGAACUCGGAUAUUCUUGGACAUUUGUUUGCACAACAAUUGAAACUUGCAUGUGUUGCAGUUCCAUUAGCACAAAUAACUUUUCUGGACCUUUGCCUUUGGAGCUAGGGAAUUUGAGAAAACUAACAGAACUCUAUAUAGAUAGCUCCGGUGUUAGUGGUCCUAUACCUCCAACAUUUGCAAAUCUACUGAACCUAGAAAAAGUGGGGGCUUCAGACACUGAGCUUACAGGGAGGAUACCUGAUUUCAUUGGGAAUUGGUCAAAGCUUACUAACCUGAGGUUUGAAGGAAAUUCAUUUCAGGGCCCAAUUCCAUCUACAUUUUCAAAGUUAACCUCAAUGGUUGACUUGAGGAUAAUUGGUCUUUUAAAUGGGAGCUCUUCACUGGACUUCAUUAGGAAUAUGAAGAAUUUAAGCAUACUAGUUUUGCGGAAUAACAAUAUUUCUGGUUCCAUCCCCUCUAAUAUUGAAGAACAUCAGAGCUUGUUUCUGCUGGAUUUGAGCUUCAACCAUUUGACAGGCCGUAUUCCAAAUGAACUUUUCAUUCUCAGUUCACUCAAAAAUUUGUUCCUUGGUAGUAACAAGUUAAUUGGUCCGUUGCCUGCACAGAAGAGCCCAAAUCUACAGAAUAUAGAUUUAUCAUACAAUGAAUUAUCUGGGAGCUUUCCUUCUUGGACCAGUGGACAAGAUAUACAACUGAAUCUGGUUGGGAAUAACUUUACCAUAGACAGCUCUAACGGCAGUUCUCUGCCUACAGGAUUGAAUUGUCUUCAAAAUAAUUUCCAAUGCCCUCAGGGAACUCCCAUUUACUCUAGCUUUGCUAUUAAUUGUGGUGGUCAACAAAUUACGUCAUCUAAUGGGAUAGUGUACGAGUCGGAUGAGACUCUUGGUCCGGCAACAUAUUACAUGACAAGCACAGGCAGGUGGGCUGUUAGCAAUGCUGGACUGUCCAUUGAUAGCAAUAGGACAGAAUACACAGCCUUCAGUUCUUCAGGUUUUACAAAUACUGUGGACCCUCCCCUCUUCCAGAGAGCAAGACUUUCAGCUGGAUCACUAAGGUACUAUGGUUUGGGCUUGGAGAAUGGUAAUUACUCUGUGACCCUCUGGUUUGCAGAGUCAAUAAUCCUGAAUCCUAAACCUCCUUCUUGGGAAUCUCUUGGGAGGCGCAUUUUUAAUAUAUAUAUACAGGGAAAUCUAGAGGAGAAAGAUUUUGACAUUCAAAAAGUAGCUGGGGGAUCAUUCAGAGCUGUUUCAAAGAAAUAUGCGGUUCAGGUAUCUGAAAAUCAUAUGGAGAUCCAUCUAUUUUGGGCUGGGAAAGGAACUUGCUGUGUACCUAACCAAGGUACUUAUGGACCUUUCAUUUCAGCAAUCAGUGCAACCCUAGAUUCUGUUCCCACUCGUCUUCCCUCUGAACAACAGAAGAAUAGAACUGGCAUGAUUGUGGGAAUUGUUGUUGGGGUUGGAGCCAUGAUUUCUCUUUCUAUAAUUGUUGUGUAUUGUUUCAUUCAGAGAAGAAUAAGGAAGGACACAUAUGAUGAUGAAGAGUUCUCGAGAAUGGGCGUGAAGCCAUAUACUUUUAGUUACACAGAAUUAAGAGUUGGAACGGGUGACUUUAGUCCUUCUAACAAGCUUGGUGAAGGGGGAUUUGGACCAGUAUACAAGGGACUACUCAAUGAUGGGAGAAUUGUUGCUGUUAAGCAACUCUCUGUGGCCUCCCACCAAGGGAAGAGCCAGUUUGUGGCGGAGAUUGCAACUAUUUCUGCUGUCCAACACCGCAACCUUGUGAAGUUGUAUGGAUGCUGCUAUGAGAGAGACAAACGGUUGAUUGUGUAUGAGUUUCAUGAAAACAAGAGUCUUGAUCAAGCACUGUUUGGAGUUAGUAACUUAUAUCUUGAUUGGCCAAGACGUUUUGAAAUAUGCUUGGGAAUAGCAAGAGGUCUAGCUUAUCUACACGAGGAAUCUCGACCAAGAAUCAUACAUAGAGAUAUCAAGGCUAGUAAUAUUUUACUAGACUUAGACCUCAACCCUAAAAUCUCAGAUUUUGGGUUGGCAAAGCUCUAUGAUGAUAAAAAGACUCAUAUCAGCACCCGUGUUGCAGGCACAAUUGGUUACCUUGCACCGGAAUAUGCGAUGCUUGGCCACCUUACUGAGAAGGCUGAUGUAUUUAGCUUUGGAGUUGUUGCCUUGGAGAUAGUCAGUGGUAGGCCAAACUCUGACUCGAGCUUGGAAGAAGACAAGGUGUAUCUUCUUGAAUUGGCUUGGCGUUUCCAUGAGACUAAUGGUGAGGUUGAUCUGGUGGAUAAAAGUCUAGUAGAAUUCAACGAGGAUGAAGUGAAACGAGUGAUAGGGGUAUCGCUUUUGUGCACCCAAACAUCCCCAGUAUCUCGGCCAUCCAUGUCCCGUGUGGUGGCAAUGCUUUUAGGGGACACUGAAAUAGCAGCCGCAACUACAAAGCCAAGCUACCUCACUGACUGGAGAUUCAAUGAUAAAACCAGCUUCAUCACUAAUAUUCAUGAUUCCCUGGCGGCACAGGAUGAUUCAUCUACUACAACCAUGACAACAUAUUUAAAUUCUUCACCGCCAAAUGCAUCCAGACCUUUGAUUCACGAGAUCAUUGGAGAGGGGCAAGUAACUGAAGUAAGGUCAAUUUAAGAAUGUGUUCCCACAUGCAAAUUAUACCGCGGACCAGAGUUCACCUUCAAAAUAACGAUCGUAUUAUGUGACUGUAAUUAAUAUAUUAUGUGUUUGCAGUUACGAUCGUAUCAUGUGACUGUAAUUAAUAUAUUAUGUGUUUGCAGUUUAUAAAUUAUGUACUUAUAAAUAAAUUGAAGAUACAAAA